GCCACCAUCACCAGUCCUCUUGCCAGGCGAUUCUCAUUGAGCAUCACUCGCAGGUCUGUCUGGCAUGCAUUUCUUGCGCCAUUGGACUACUAUUCAAAGAUGCAUCAGACCGCAACCUAGAUAUCUUAACUCAAUGACUACCACACGCGGGAAAGACAUUUACAAGAGUCUCACGGGUCUGCCAUCUUACACAUCGGCCCAGUUCGCAGGAGACGGUGUUAUCAUCGUGACAUCGUCUGUCCAAGAUCACCUCCGCAACACUAAGCGCUCGUUCACUAAGACACUGCUCUAUGCGCCCGGAAAGUCCGAGUCUGAUCUCAAGGUCUCAAGGUCUUUACCGCAGGAUACAUCUUCGGACGUGAAGUCUACCCUUCACUCGCCUUCGGGAGCAUCUAUCGCAAUCCUUCGUGAGACUUCUGGCGACAGCGGUAAGAAGCGGUUCGUCGAGAUCUGGUCUGCUGCGAACUCCCAAUUGGAAGCACAACUCGAAGUUACCUCUGUACAUGGCGCUUUCUAUAGCUCUCCCGACUUUCAUUCCCUCUCUUUCUCGCCUUCAGAGACUGCUCUCGUGUACACCGCAGAAGCGAACGACCCAACCGCCGAGAACGAAGAUCCAUACGCCCGCUUUCGUUAUGUUCCAGAUGGUGGGGAGAGUAUGACUGGCCUGAAGCGACCUACUCUCUUCGUUGCCCGUUGGAGGAUCGGAUCAGACUCGGCGUCGACUACGACGGAAGAAGGGCCAGACAUGACAAUUCUCACUCUCGAGCUUCCCAACGAUAAAAACCUCAAAUCACCCGUCAUAUUUGGUCAGGCCGUCUUCGCUGGGGAGGAUAGUGUUGUCGCCACAGGAUAUAAAUACACCGAGGACUUCCGUCGUCUCGGGACUAAAGGAUGUUUUAAUCGCCCUUCAGCGAUAUGGGAACUCAAAUUCGAUGCAGCGACCCUCUCGAAAGCAUCGACGGCGGAGCCAGCUCAGAAGGAGAAGAAAUCAUCCGCAUUGACUGUGACUUCAUCGGCCAUCGUCUCCGACUCCAGUCUCUCUGCUCGCUCUCCUCGCGUCCACACAGACAAGAUCUCGGGAAAGACUACCGUCUUCUGGCUGGCUCAUGUCACGGGUGGCCCACAUGCCGCAUGUUCCGCUCUCCAUUCCUUCGACCUUGAGACUCGCAAACACACAAGCCUUAUUCCUAUCGUAUCUAAGCCUGAUACCUUCUUCAUGGAUGGUUUCGUAGGCUUGUUCCCAGACAGUGGUCUACCCAGUCGCCCAUUCCUCUCAUUCAGCGGGAAAAGGUACUUGAUCACACCAUCGGCGGAAGGUGCAAGGUCAAAUGUCAUUCUCAUCGAUGCCGACAAGCCGUGUAGUGUCACGCACCUUACUCGUAAGACAACGAUCACCCAGGCGGAGGACCCCGUAGAUUGGAGUUGGAACGUCUUGGGGACAGACGGAGAGAAGAGCGUGUUGUGUUGGAGAAGCACGGCGAGCCAUGCCCCGGAGUUAGUGCUUGGGAUAGUGGAUGCUAGCUCUUCGUCGCCCACGGUUCGAUGGCGGACUAUCGACAAGGUAAACAUUCCGGAGAAGCUCAAGGCUGCACUCUCCUCACUGAAGGUCUCCAUCGUGCCAAUUCCCGAUCGCUCACCCUUCGAGACGAUAUUGAUCGAGCACGGGGAAGCUGAUCAACAGUCAAAGGCCAAACGCCCAUUAAUUACUGUCGUACACGGAGGACCUCAUGGAUCUAACCAGGCAUCGUUCAACCCUGCAAUCCUCGCACUCGCCCUCCAAGGCUAUACCGUCUCUUUACCUAAUUUCACAGGAUCAUUGGGAUAUGGCGAUGAGUUCGUGCAACAACUAGUGGGAAAGUGUGGUACGCUAGAUGUAGACGAUGUGAUGGCGUCGAUCAAGUAUCUCCUUGAGAUUGGCGUGGCCGUGGAGGGUCCCGGGAAACAGUUCGUUCAGGGCGGAAGUCAUGGCGGGUUCAUCACCGGACAUCUACUCGGACAGUACCCUGGUUUCUUCAGCGCGGCGGUCCUCCGCAACCCCGUCAUCACUCCGGAACCUUCAUCGACCGACAUCCCAGAAUGGUACUACUACGAAUUUGGGCUUCCAUUCUCCGCCACCACUCUCUUAACACCAUCCGAAUACGGAAAACUUUGGCCCAUGUCCCCCAUCUCGCAUGUCGACAAGGUGAAAGCUCCGGUGUUACUGUGUCUAGGAUUGGAAGAUAGGAGGGUGGCGAAUACCCACGGUAUGGCCUUCUAUCACGCGUUGAAGGGGAGAGGAAGGGAUGUAGAAAUGCUGCAGUUCAAGGGGGAGAGUCAUCCGCUUGAGGGAGUGGAGGCGUCGAGAGUGAGCUGGGAGGCGGGUGCUGACUUGUUUGAGAAGCAUAGAAUAUGAUAGACGGUCGAUAUAUCAACGCUCAGCUUAGACAUCGAUUGGUGC